UGGCACUAGUGUUGACACUUUCUUUUACAUUUUUUUUCACUUUUAUAAAUAGAUAGUGUUUGAAAAAUUGCAUCAUAAUUAUAUACGAUGUUUAAAUCCAUUUUAUGCAUUGCAGCAUGCUUCAGCUGCCUCUAUGGUGAAAAGUUUGACCCAAGAAAAAGGAAAUACUGUGAUAUGCGAUGCCCAGAGCUAGGAAAUGUAGUCCAUACGGCUUGCAAUUGUACACCGGGAGAAGGACGUGAAGAAGUAGGACUCGACAAAAUGGUUGAAUUUCGUGAAAUUGUGGUAGAGGAACACAACAAAUUAAGAAAUAAAAUUGCUUCUGGAGCAGAUACGCGAAAUGGUGCUUCUUCGGCAUCCGACAUGAUGGUUGUUAAUUAUGAUUUAGAACUGGAAUACAUAAGUCGAUGUUAUCUGAGAAGCACAUUUAACGGUUAUCACGAUAAGUGUAGAACAAUGCCUAGUGGUCGAGAUGCUGGACAGAAUUUAGCUGGUCAAAGCGUAAAAGAUUACUCUUUUGCUUUGGUAAAAGAAUUUAUCAAUGAUUGGUACGAGGAAAUCACGGAUUUGCAACCUGAUAUAAUCGACAAGUUCCACACUCUGGAGCAUGGAAAAUUUAUUGGACAUUUUACAACAGUGGUUUGGUCGACGAUUAAUAAAAUAGGAUGUGCUCGUUCAUAUACAAAAGAUCCAAAAAAACUUAAGUUUAUUUACGAGGCCUUUGUGCAAACUCUACUCUGCAACUAUGACAUUACGGUUUUGAAAGGUAAAUAUGCAGCAGUUAAUGUAAUUGGGGGGCAAGUAUAUAAGAGAGGAAAACCUUGUUCAGAAUGCCCAGACAACUUAAAAUGUAAUUCAAAAUAUACCUCCUUAUGCGGAGGACUCGAACCUAUUCCAACAGAUCCACCAUAUGAUUUUAAUGCACCGGACAAAAACAAUGGCAAGAGUAGAGGUAAAAACACAGCAACACAAAGUUUGACAAUUGCAUCUCUUCUUGUCAUAACUAUUUCUUCUUCGUUAAACGUGUAUUUUAUGUACUAAACGAUAUUACUACUAAUAAAAAAAACAAAAAAAAUCAAUCUUCAAUAAUCCAAAAAGGGCAAAAAUACGCCAUAAGCUCAGUUUUUUUCCCAUCAGUUAUUUUAUUAAUAUUUUGUUUAAAUAAAAUAUCUAUUUUUCCAAACUGGAUCUACCAGACAGUAUCAAAUAAAAAAUACUUUUGCGUACUUCGUAUGCUAUUAGUACCAUUCAUACUAUAAAAAUUCCCACUUUAAAGAAAAACGAACAAAGCACGUUAAAAUGUUGAUG